AUGUCUCUUUUCCAGGCAUUUGGCAGGAGCUACUCUCUAUCCCCGCCCGCCGCCAGAGCACUAUCGCUGGGUCUCCGGUCAUCAUCUGGGUCCCCUUCCCUCUCAUACAAACCCCGGGCCUCGUCUGCUCCAGCACCCCCGGGGAGGCAGAUGUCCUGGCUGGACAGGAGUCACAAGCCUCCUACCCCCUGGGAGGCCGCAGCCCGCCACCCCAUGGGCCUGGUCGACGAGGCCUUCGCCUUCCAGAACCUCCAGCAGGCCAUCGCCUUCAACGUGUGCUUGGCUGCCCAGCGCAAGCUGCUCCCCGAGCCCCCUGCCGAGUGGAAGUCUAGGGUGUCCUACGAUCCUCCUAUGACUGAGGGAUGCCAGACCCAGAGCCAGAGUUACAGCAGAGUUAUGCCUCCGUUCCUGUCCCCAACCAAGAGCACGGCCUCAGCCCCCUCCGGUCCAGCUGGCUACAGGUCCCUGCCCAGACAGUUGCAGCCCCAGAGGUCCCUGACGGAGGCCAAUAUCGGGCACUGUGGGGCCAGUCAUGGAAACGGAAGGCCCCUGGGGGGCCAGCAGCAGCCGAGCUACAGAUCUGUGUACCACACCGACUGGAGCUGGAGACGCUAG